UAGUCCAAUGGCGCUCUCUGGGAAGCAUCUGCUCGUUGCUGCCGGCGUGUGGGACCCCUGGGUGCUGAUGGAGCACGACCAACAGGGCCGCCUGGUGAAGUCGACCGGGAUUUUCAUCGACUUCAUGGACACUUUCGCUCACAAACUCAAUUUCACAUAUUCUCUAGUAGAAGCAGCAGAAGGAGAAUGGGGUCGAAUAUUACCCAACGGAUCAACAACUGGAAUGAUAGGCCAAUGUCACAGGAAGGAAGUUGACAUGGCUCUAGGCCCAUUCAGCAUAACAUAUCCGAGAAGCCUUCUGAUCGACUUUUCCGUUCCUGUCUACAUCGACAACGAAGGUAUAUUCCUCCCGAGGCCUGCACGCGAACGAGACCUCACUGGUUUUGUUAAGCCGUUUGCCUGGCAGGUAUGGAUAGCUUUGUCAGUGGCAGUUGUUGGAAGUAUGGUACUAGGAGUCGCUAUGAGAUGGUUUGUUCAACAGUGGGGGCCAGUAAGGCUGGAGCAUCAUGGUCUCCAGGAGUUUCGAGGAAAGAUUUGGCCACUGCUGACUUUUGAACCUGUUUGGCUGAUCAGGUUACUUCUGCUUGAAGAAAACAGUGGGCUCUGGAUUCCAUUGGAACGUGCCAGAAUAGCCGGAGAAUUGUCUCCAGUAUUAAGUAUGAUUGACUAA